UUAAAAAACAUGAAAAAAAAAACAUAUUGUUGACAUGUCAUGAGCUAAUGACGUGCAUCUCCAGCAGUGAUUGUUAUUUAUUCACGAAGAAAAUAUUUGGAGGGCGAAAAUGUUUGGGAAUAAACGAAAAAAUCUGCCCCCACGACCGAAUUUGCCUCAGGUGGACCAGAUAAUCGAGGAUCUGAAUAUUCCAACCAAAAAUGAUGUGGCAUUCAGUUUUAAAGAUCGAGAAGAUGUCCAGCCGAAUUUGCACUUUCCCACGAACGCUUAUGACGUUGAAAACAUCUAUGGAAAAGCUCGAACUUAUUUGGAAGGCAAUAAACAGUUGAAAAAUCUCGCAGAGUCGUUGGAAGUCGAGAAAAAUGAAUUGCAAAUCGAUUACACAGCAAUAGUAACACUUGCACAAGACAUUAGAGACCAGGCACAAGCGGUCUUGACUAAAUAAUUGCUUGCGUAGUACGGAGGAUCAUACCUAAGGGCAGGAUCACUCAAGUACGAGCACCAGGUGAAACCCGGUGGAUAUCCUGGAAAAUUUCGAGAAGAAUUAAGAAAAUUCAUCGAGAAACUCAAAAAAUCGCCUUCUCUGACGCAUACGUCAAGUUAAAUCCCAUGAUUCAUUAAAUUGUGUUAGAAAAAAUGAUACUUCGAUAUAUUAAACGAGAAAAUAUAUUUA